AUGAUUAGCCCUGAGCGCAACACGCCCAUAGCGGCGAAUUGGAAAUGCAUCCUCAUCUGUCUCCUCGUCUCCUUAGCGAACUGCCAGUAUGGGUUCGACACAAAUGCAGUGGCGGGCUUUCAAGCUAUGCCUGGCUUCCUAAGGAUUUACGGCUACAGAGAUCCGCAGUCCCCAUCAGGCUGGAAUAUUAGGACCACGCCACAGCAACUCAUUAGCUCCUUUUUGAAUGUUGGAACUAUCGUCGGAGCUAUAAUCUCUAUCUUUUCGGCUCAUAGAUUUGGUCGAAAGCCUGCGAUCUGGGCGGGAUGUAUCCUUUCUUACGUUGCUUGUGGAAUCCAAAUCGGAACGACUACAUUAGGGGGACUAUACGCGGGCCGGAUCCUCCUCGGCAUAUCUAAUGGAUUGAUCAUCACCUUUUCCAACGUUUAUACGACAGAGGCAGCUCCGCCGCAUCUUCGUGGUAUGAUCGUGAGCUUCUUUGGCGUUUGGGUCAAUGUUGGCAGUGUCCUCGGCUCGGUUUGCGACGACUACACCAAGAACUAUCAGAACAAGCUCUCGUACCAGAUCCCGUUGGCAGCACUGUUUGCUAUUCCCACCUUGGUGAGCGUCUUGAUGAUCUUCGUCCCAGAGAGCCCUCGUUGGUUCCUCGUCCAGAAUCGAGCAGAGCAAGCAAAAGUCGCACUGAAAAGACUUAGAGGAACAUCGUUGACCCCGGAGUUACUUGACGAGGAGUUCGUCGAGAUGAAGCAGGCGAUUACGGAGGAAGUGGAGCUCGUGUCAUAUAUCUCAAUUUUGGAAAUGUUCAAGGGCACGAAUCUUCGGCGUACAGCUAUUGCCGUUGGUGUUGUCGUCAGCCAUGCCGCAACCGGCUUGUGGUUCAUCUUGUCUUUUGGAACUUAUUUCUUCCAAGCAGCCGGUCUAGACAAGCCCUUUGAAGCAUCCGUUCUUGGAAAUGUCCUGGGACUUAUCGGCGCUCUGAUUGGCUUAAUCCUCACACAGAAAGUGUUUGGCCGCCGAGUGAUGAUGAUGAUCGGCGCUCUUGGGUGUGCAUGCUGCAUGUUAGCUAUCGCUGUAGCCUAUACUGCCGGUGCGGAAACACUCGGCGCUGGCCGUGCCUUGCUUGCAUUUUCCUUGAUGUUCUACUUUUUCUACAACGGUUUUGUUGGCACCGUAAGCUGGCCCAUCGCGGGAGAAAUAGUCUCAUCCAAACUGAGGGUGAGCACAAUUGGAUUGGGUACUGGAAUCAACUACUUCUUCAAUUGGCUAAUCUCCUAUUGCUCGCCCUACUUUAUCAAUGCCAACGACUUAAACUGGGGCCCAAAAUAUGGAUAUAUCUGGGCGGGCUCCAACUUUGUUGUUUUCGGUACGGACCUAAGUGAAUCCGACUAG